UGGUUGAAUUGUGAAGGCUAGUGGAAUUGCUGCAUUUGCUAGAAUGACAGUGGAAGAUUCAAGAAAAAUCUUUACACCAGAACAAUACCCUUCUUGGGUUGUUUUCUCAAAUCAACAGAAGUUGGCAUGGCUUAAUUCUCAUCUCGAAAAGAUCUGGCCAUAUGUGGAUGAGGCAGCAUCAGAACUAGUAAAGUCAAGUGUGGAGCCAGUUUUGGAACAAUAUUGGCCUGUGAUUUUGGCGUCGUUAAAAUUUUCAAAGUUCACUCUUGAUACAGUUGCUCCACAAUUCACAGGGAUUUCUAUUAUUGAAGAUGGAAGUGACGGUAUUACUAUGGAAUUAGAGAUGCAAUGGGAUGGUACCAUACCAUCUUGGGUGUUUAGCCUACCUUUGCUAUCUUCAGUGUCGCUCCAACAUAACCGAUUCAGAGGACUAGCCGAUGAAGUGAUCAAAACAAACCCAACAUUAAAGCAACUGCAUUUAAGCAAUAAUCAACUCAGUGGUUCUUUUCCUCAAUCACUUGUGAAUCUCACAAACCUUAAAACCCUUGGACUUUCAUCAAAUAACAUCACCAUUGAUGAGGGAAUGAAUAUCACCUUUCUUAGCCUAUCAUCUUUAUUCUUAUCAUCUUGUCAACUGAAGGAUUUUCCACACCUCUUGAGAAAUGUAAAGACACUUGUGUACUUGGAUAUUUCUAACAAUAUGAUUCGUGGUCAAAUUCCUGACUGGUUUAGCGGCAUGAGGAUACCUACCACAAUUGCAUUUCCAUAA